AUGAUGAUUGAUCCGCAGUGCGCACGCCAGCGCGUUCCUCUGUGGCAGGAGAGGGGGGCCUGCGUGUGACCGAGGGUGCGUGGGAGGACGCGCGUGUGUGUCUGUGCGCCCUGAUCACAGUGGUCUGUGGGUAGGGCGGAUCGUGCGCGCGCGCCCGGUCUGUGCGCCCCAAGCCAGGUGGGUCUCCGAAUAGGAGUGGGUCCCAGCGUACACGGGUUUGCACCCAGGAAGGGGUCUGCUUGUGGGUGGGCGCGCCAGCUCUUCCCCAGGGGCCGUUUCUUGAGCGCCUCCCGUGGGGUCCUGGGCACCUCGGGGUGGUCAUGGCCGCUAGGCUUUGCCCUCACGGGCCUAGGCCCGCUUUCACCCACUAGAUGGAGUGUAUGGUGGUGAGAGCCCGCCGAGACAAUGUGAGGGGCUGCCAGGAGAAGGCGAAGAUUGGAAACCUAGAGGGGAGAAUGAAACAGCCCAGCAGAGCGGAGGGAAAAGUUUUCUUUCUUUUUCUUUUUCUUUUUUUUUUUUUUUUUUUGAGAUGGAGUUUCCCUCUUGUUGCCCAGGCUGAAGUGCACUGGCGCGAUCUCGGCUCACUGCAACCUCCGCCUCCCGGGUUCAAGCGAUUCUCCUGCCUCAGCCUCCCGAGUGGCUAGGAUUACAGGCAUGCACCACCAUGCCUGGCUAAUUUUGUAUUUUUAGUAGAGACGGGGUUUCUCUGUGUUGGUCAGUCUGAUCUCGAACUCCCGACCUCAGGUGAUCUGCCCGCCUCGGACUCCCAAAGCGCUGGGAUUACAGGCGUGAGCCACUUACUAGGCCCAGCCGGAAAGGUUUUCUGAGAAGAGGGCACUGCAUGUGCAAAGGCCCAGAGGUUGAAAGAGGGCCAGAGCCUGGUGAGGAACUUCCCAUGUCCUAAUGACCUUCUGUGUCUAUAUCCAGCAGCCUUGCCUUACUGGUACCAGUACCUGCCUGCUGCUACCAACUAGUCAACAUGUGGCAUCUUCCAGGCCACUGUGAUGAGUCAGGGAUGAGCAUCUGACUCUGGUUGGUCCAAUCAGCUUGUCCAGGGACUUUGGCUGGGAAGAUUAGAAAGGAGGCCAGCUUUUUGGGCUGGGGUUGCUGAGAGAUGUGAUGAUGAACUGAGUGGCCUACCUGGCAUCUGGCCCCAGCUUCAGCUCCGUUUACUGUCUUGCUCCCCACCCUCACUAGCCUGCAUUGAGGCCUCCUCUGUGCCCCCCAACCCCUGAGUUUCUCAUCCCCAGAGAGCCCAGCUACACAGAAUUGAAGGGUUUUCUCAUUCAUCUUCCUGUGCUCACCCUGAAGACUGGGCCUAUGUCAUCUGCUAACCACUGUCCCCCCAGCACUCACAGUGGAAAAUGGAGUGUUAUGCAGCCCUGCAGCUUGCCUUCUAGAACAGUUCACAGGCAAGGCCUCCCACACUGAACCUUGCUACAGCCAGAUGGUGCCAGCAACACAGAGCUACUUGUUACAUCAGCUCAGACUAAGCCACAUCCACAGGAGCAUCUGGUGAUUCCACAGAACCACAAGAGACUUGACCUCCUGGAAAUGAAUUAACCAAGAUUAAUGAAAAAGAUUAAGGUCAUGUGCCCUGUAAAAAUGUCCCUCACUGGAUGAACUGUGACAAGUCCAGUAAGGAUCCUGCUGUCUAUUCCGCGAAGACAUCUUGAAUGCAGGGAUAGCCAUUUGGAAGACUGUCCUCGAGGGUGGCAGCAGCCUCUCAGGACGGGGAAAGCCAAGGUCCCCACCCAGCAGGAGGAGGUCCGAGGAUCUGCGCGACGCUGGCCCCGCGGAGUGUGGGGGACUUUUCCUCUCAACCACCAGUGCCCCGCAAGCGUGGGUGAACAGUCCUCCCUGGCUACUGUGGGACGCUGGGCAGGCGACUUCGCCUCUCUAGGCCUCGGUUUUCCUGCUUGUCAAAUGGGGCUGAUGCCGGCGUGGGCUUCUUCGGGCUGUCGCGAGCGUUGACCCCUGGAGUCAGCGAACUAGCCGCGCACGCACUCCCGGGCGGAGGUCGGGGCUGGGGGGCGUCGCCUCCCGUCUGCGCGCCCCCGGCCCCGCCUCCUGCCGGCGCACCCCUCCCUCGGCUCCGCCCGCGGCCCGCUUCUUCCUCCCGCGGGCGGCCCAGCCCUAGCGCCCCGCGCUCCGCGGGCAGCCCCCUGCCGCCGCGCCAUGUCCGCCGGCUGGUUCCGGCGCCGCUUCCUGCCUGGGGAGCCGCUCCCCGCGCCGCGGCCGCCUGGGCCGCGUGCCAGCCCCGUGCCCUACCGACGGCCCCGCUUCCUGCGCGGCUCCAGCUCCAGCCCCGGGGCCGCCGACGCCUCGCGCCGCCCAGACUCCCGGCCCGUGCGCAGCCCCGCACGAGGACGCACGCUACCCUGGAAUGCAGGCUACGCCGAGAUUAUCAAUGCAGAGAAAUCUGAAUUCAAUGAGGAUCAAGCCGCCUGUGGGAAGCUGUGCAUCCGGAGAUGUGAGUUUGGGGCUGAAGAAGAGUGGCUGACCCUGUGCCCAGAAGAGUUCCUGACAGGCCAUUACUGGGCACUGUUUGAUGGGCACGGCGGUCCUGCAGCAGCCAUCUUGGCUGCCAACACCCUGCACUCCUGCUUGCGCCGGCAGCUGGAGGCCGUGGUGGAAGGCUUGGUGGCCACUCAGCCCCCCAUGCACCUCAAUGGCCGCUGCAUCUGCCCCAGUGACCCUCAGUUUGUGGAGGAAAAGGGCAUCAGGGCAGAAGACUUGGUGAUCGGGGCAUUGGAGAGUGCCUUUCAGGAAUGUGAUGAGGUGAUCGGGCGGGAGCUGGAGGCCUCAGGCCAGAUGGGCGGCUGCACAGCCCUGGUGGCUGUGUCCCUGCAGGGAAAGCUGUACAUGGCCAAUGCUGGGGAUAGCAGGGCCAUCUUGGUGCGGAGAGAUGAGAUACGGCCACUGAGCUUCGAGUUCACCCCAGAGACUGAGCGGCAGCGGAUCCAGCAGCUGGCCUUUGUCUAUCCUGAGCUUCUGGCUGGUGAGUUCACCCGACUGGAGUUCCCUCGGCGGCUGAAGGGGGAUGACUUGGGACAGAAGGUUUUGUUCAGGGAUCACCACAUGAGUGGCUGGAGCUACAAACGUGUGGAGAAAUCGGAUCUCAAGUACCCACUGAUCCAUGGACAGGGUAGGCAGGCUCGGUUACUAGGAACACUGGCUGUCUCCCGGGGCCUGGGAGACCAUCAGCUCAGAGUCCUGGACACAAACAUCCAGCUCAAGCCCUUCUUGCUCUCUGUCCCACAGGUGACUGUGCUGGAUGUGGACCAGCUGGAGCUACAGGAGGAUGAUGUGGUUGUCAUGGCAACUGAUGGACUCUGGGAUGUACUGUCCAACGAGCAGGUGGCAUGGCUGGUGCGGAGCUUCCUCCCUGGGAACCAAGAGGACCCACACAGGUUCUCAAAGCUGGCCCAGAUGCUGAUACACAGCACACAGGGAAAGGAAGACAGUCUCACAGAGGAAGGGCAGGUGUCCUACGAUGACGUCUCUGUGUUCGUGAUUCCCUUGCACAGUCAGGGCCAAGAGAGCAGUGGCCACUGAGGAUUCAGACACUGUAUCCCAGAACUGCUCUAGGGCCCGGGUGUGGUCUGGGCAUCCCUCCAGUGUGACCAAGAGCAAAUCCUGCCUGCCCUAUCCCUAGCCACCGCCCAGUGCUCUCACUAUCCACCUCAACACACAUCCAUCUCAAGAGGAACAUUUAUACCAGGCAGUCAGAGCUGGAAGUGUAUGGAGAGCCCAGCCCACCAGGUCCUGCCUUUUGCGGUGAUAACCUUCUCUGGCAGAGUGACUUUACAACUUAACUAGGAAACCCAUGUGAGGCUCCUCAGACAGGACCUUCAACAGCCCAAAGUAUCAUUCUCAGAUAGGGGCACCCAGGCUAAGGGUAUUAGCCAAAGAUGCCAGGAUGGGCAGCUAGCCCAUGUUUAGAUCCAGGUCUCCAAUUCAUGGUUAUCAGGGCAUGUGUUCAACAACCCCCAAAGUCCACGCAGGUGGCUUGUAGAAACCUUUGGGCAGCCUCAUGUCUGCUAAAACAGCCAUCUUCAAGACAGCCCCUGAAAAGAGACCAGUUCAGGUCCUACCCUGCUGUUCUUUGCUGGAGAUGAGGAACAGGUGCUGGGGCUAAAGUUUGGGGUAGAGCACAAGGGACAAGAGGAACUCUUGGAGUUGGCUGGGUGAGAGGGCUCUCCAUUUGCUACCUGUAGUAGCCUGCCUCCUAACUGGUUGCUUCUCCCUAGUUCCAGCCCUGCCCUGGUCUGAUGCCCCAACACUGCCCUUGCUUUGUUUUCCCUGUCACCUCCCUAUUAUUAAAUGUUUUCUACAGAA